AUGCUCAAAGACAGCAGCCAGCUUUUGCAUCAUCACGGAGGUGGCGGCCUGAUUCAAACGAGCCAUUUGGUAGGAAGGACUAUCACUAGCCAUCAUCACGAAAAUUUAAAACCGUGUUAUUAUACAUUCUUUUCCGAUGAUGGGACUUCUCCUCUUCAAAACUUAGCAACGGCUUCAAAACAGUCUAAAUUUUCUUCUCCGAAUUUGGGUUCUGGUGGUCCAACAGCUGGAGGAGGUACUUCAUCCAUUCCACAUUUUAUUAGUAAACAAGAAAAGGAUCGAUUGAAGCUAAACUCUAAAAAGACUGUUAGCUUGGCGUUUAUAGGAAUGGGAAAUGAAAAUGCAAUGGAAAUUACAAAUCAAAUUCUGAGAAAUCCAAUCUUUUCUGAAAAAAGAAAAGAAAGUUUCGGCACAGGUCAUCAUCAGCAAUCUGGCUCUGAUGGGUCAAGCUCUUUUCCACCAGAUCAUUCCAAAAAGCAUCAUCAAAUUUCGAUAGAUUCCUAUCAUGAUGUCGAUCAAGAACGAGUUUAUUUAUUUGCUGACCUUAUGCAAAAAUCGGAACAUUGCAAAACUUUUGUAGAACAGUUUCUUCCAAGCAAAAUAUCGCAUGCAAGCCAAACUAAUAAUGGUUAUCAAAAUAUUUUGGCACCAAACACCAAUCAUGCUUAUGAUUUGGAACAUUAUGAUGACUAUGAACGUGUGCUUCAAACUUUGUUGUUUUUAUUCCAAACUUGUCACAUGAUAUUCUUUAUUUUCCCAACAUCACAGGUGAAUGGAAGUGUUUGCUCUAAUCUACAUCAAAACCUUCUCUCUUUAUUUAGAACUCUGCAAAUCAGCAAGCAACAUAUUAACUCUAAGAUUAUAGACAUCCAUCAAGAGAAGACAGCUUCUAGCGAGAAUCCAACAAUGAAUAUGAUAACUACAAUUCUUGGAAGCGGUGUUAUGUCCUCCUUGUAUAGUCCUGGAAGAGUAUUACCCGUAAUUUCUUUCAUAUUUGUUCAGGAAAAAAGCCAAUGGGAUAAAAUGGUAUUGGAAUGCCAAAACAAAAAAGAAAGCUCUUUCGAAGAUGUUGGAGAAUACAUGAUUAAUAGAAUGCAAACAAGUCUAGAAAAUCAAGUGAGAAAUCAUAUCUUGAAAAAAGGAAAGUUUUCUGGCACAGAUAUGAUCAAAACUCCAUUAUUCAUGCUUGAUCCUCAGACAUGCACAUUUGUAAUAGUCGACAAAGAAGCAUCUGAAACCUCGAGUUUUAGCACGAAGGUAUCAUUGGAUCAAUCAAGAAAGGUACUAUUUUCGUUGAGUGAAGUUUCAGAUAUUGAAACAAAAAAGACCAAAACUGCGUCAAACAAACCCAAAAAGCAACAUGAUUCUCAAUCUGAAAGUUACAUUGGAACCAUCAAAAUAGUCAACUUUAUUCAAAAACAAAUUGACUAUUUUAUCAAACAAAUGCAGGCUGGAAAACGGUUUAUUUUACCGACAUCCUUAAAUUGGUAUCAAGCCACAUUUGCCUUUGAAGAACUUUUUUCGCUUAACAAUGAUGAAUUGCAGAAGGUGUUGGUGGAGAAAACCAAGGAUAUUAUACACCCUACCUUUUUCUUCUCUGAUAAGCGCUGUUCUCAUGCACUCAAGCUAGCCACAGAAAACUUUGCCCAAAAGUUGCCAUCAGCUCAAUCCAAUAAUGCAAAAAUUCUUGAGAUUGUGAAUGAUUCUAUCACCAAGUAUAACACUUUUGCGUGUGGCUAUUUUACUCAACAUUAUUAUCAACAAUUGCAAGCAUUCCUUCAGUCCAAUACUCCAAAAGCGGUUUCAACUCAACAGUCCAAUUUGAUUUCCUAUCAAUUUUAUCCAAAUUGUCCUGUCUCACAAAUUACUGUUCAAAAAAUUGGAGAUUUUGCAUCUAUGAACGGUAGAAAUGGAGCCUUUAGACGUGGAAAUCAAAUUAUCAACUUUAUCCAGGUUCAUACUAUGCUUUCAAGAGAAAGGUACAAACGAAAAAAGAAGAAACUGGCUCAUGAGCAAGACAAUGAAGGCAAUGACACAUUUUUGGUAGCCCUCGAAUAUGAAACUCCAAGAAAAGACUAUGUAUUGACUCUAGAUCAACUUUGUCAGCUCUAUAAGCAAUCAUAUCCUCAAGAGGCUGCUAGCGCAUUAGAAAUGGUUCAAAAAACCAAUAUUCCACUAUUUUUACCUUCGAAUUGGUUCUUGACUGAAAAGAAGAGCUCUAUUGCAAGACUUAAACAAGUUACAAUUGGAAUACCUGACGUGGAUUUAACAAGUACUUUCACUUUCUCACCAAAAAUUUUUGUCACACCAAAGCCACAAGAUGCCACUUCAGCACCAAGUGCCUCAACUAAUCCACCCAAUGUCCAACCAAAGAUUUAUCCUCUUUAUCACGUUAAGCAAGGCAUUGUUUUUGGGAGAAAUCAAUUUGUUAGCAUAGUCUUGGAUUACGAUAGCUUGCAAAUGAACAACUUUGAAGAUCCCACUCAAAUUUUACUGCAAGCUGGAUCCAUUCAAAUUAAUUAA